GAUUGGUUUUGGGGACGAACCUGAGACGGAGACGAAGUUGAGUAUUGGAAAACGGCCCAAGUGUCAUGCAUGUUUUUUCAAGCAAGCUGCAAACUAGGUCCCUGUACUCCUAGCUAGUCUUGUGAAUGUCAGAUUUCAACUUUAACAAAGUAAAGUACCCUCCUUCCUAGGACUAGAAGAUUCUGCUAGGCUCUAGACGCUGGUGACCUUCAAAUUACCAUGACAUCGACAGCCAGCUCGGAUCUUGCUGCUGCUCAUCGCCGGGCGCUGCGCGUUGCCGUCGGGGUGAUCUGCAUGGAAACUGGAUUUGACUGCGCCAAUGACUCCUGCUUGGAAUCGCUGACAGAAAUGCUUCAGAGCUAUAUUACAGAGCUGGGCCGCAGCGCCAGGAACUACUGCGAGCUUGCCAGCCGUACCUUACCCAUGGUGACUGAUGUGGGCAUGGCGCUGACGGGGAUGGGGUCUAGUGUUAGGGGGCUGGCCCAUUACGCUCGGAGGCGGCGAAGGUUUCCCCCACUGCAUCAGGAUCGCGGUAAGCCACCCCAGCCAUGCAAGCCCCUUCAAACCAACGAACGGAAGCCACAUCCGUCCUACAUUCCUGACCACCUGCCCGAGUUUCCCGACCCGCACACUUACAUCAGGACAGCGACCAACAGGCAACAAGAGAAUGACUAUAAGAUCAUCCGUGAGAGGGCAGCAUCUCAAAAACGUGAUGUCGAGAGGGCUUUGACGAGGUUCAUUGCUAAAACAGGUGACACCCAGACCCUGUUCCCAGGAGAUAGCAACGUCUUCCCUCUCAUUGCCUGCACCCCAUCUCCUCUGCCGUAUGUCGAUGCCUUGAUGCCCCCUGAACAUGAAAUCUGCGACGAAGACGAAAUGGAAGAUACCGACACGGACGAACAGAAGCCUGCCACCGAAGAGGCAGAGUCAGGGAAAACGGAGGAAGGGGAGGUGGCUGCGCCAAAGUCCCCCGGGAGCGCCAAGCCACGGGUGGAGAGGAUGAAAGUAGAGACGGUCCUGGUGGACAAUCCCUUCCUGAGGAAAGUCAAGAAGCCAAGACUGAAAGUCAAAAAGAAGUGAACGAUAGAGAGGAUGUUUCUCAUUUUAGAAUGCCACUUCAUUGGCAAGCGUUGGCCUGACCCUGAUUGUGAAGCUGGAACUCAGGGAGACUAGUAGUGCAUGGCUGGUCGGAGAUAGACACUGCCCAGUUUCUGGCUUAGACAUAGACUCAGAGAGCGGCCAGCAUGCCUUAGCCCUUCUGACCUCCGAUUUGUGGUCAGCAUACAUGUACAUGUAAAUUAAAUGUGUUCAAAUGUGCACCAUGAACCUAUCUGUUGGAGCUGGGUAUUUGCCAAGCAGACUACGAGGAAUGAAGCAUCAACCAAACUCAUAGUAAACAAGCAUUUUAGAUGCUUUUGAAAGCUUUGGGUGACAUCACUGAUACGCAUACGAGGCCUUGGCCUCAGACCACUUUUGGACGUGCAUUGAACGUCUCACAAAUGUGGGACAUGUCUAUAAAGGAUGCGCUGUUGGAAUUUUUUCAAGAUGUCCUCUUUCCUGAACUCUCGUUUUGUUCAAUUUUUUUCUACAAAACUGUAACGAGACUGCAAAAACAAUCAAGCAUACUUGUGACUAGUCAAGUGUCAUAUUGCUGCUCUGCACGACUGUGCUUCAUGUUAUGGGCAUUUGGUUUUAUUACAAUGUUAAAAUAGUUUGUGUCAAAAAGCA